AUGGUCAUGUUGAAUCAAUCUUUGACGGGCACAACAUCUGAUUCCAUCAACACGCGCUCUUCCUACCACGGAUCGAGUUUGGCUGUCACUAUGCCACCGCAAGACCGCUCGAGAGAUGACCCUCCAUCUCCUCCCCCUCAACCUCCGCCUAGCCCAGCUCACUGGAGUCGUCUCGUCUCUAUUGAUACACUGGCCCCACUUGACAUCUAA